UAUUUAUUUAAUUCAAAUUCCACAAUCUGCCAUGGCGGGAUUCAAACCCAGCAGUCCCCAGAACAUUUCCUCAGUCUCUGGAUUAAUAGUCCUGCAGUAAUAUCACUAGGCCGUUGCUUCCCCUAAAUUGCUUCUUUCACAAAAGUAGCAUGCAUUUUUUUCACUGACUCGCCCUCUGUUCCAAUGAAAACUAAAUAAAGCAGACAUUUUUUUUGGAUGCAAGGUUUACUUUAACGAUUUCGGAUUGUCAUAACUAUCUACAGCAAAAGCUCAAAUCUAAACUAAUGGAUUUUAACUUUUUCUUUAAUAGUCUGCAAUGACAACAGGCUGAACCUUAAAAAUUUUUUCCGGCUACAUGUCAGCUUAAUUGAAUUUCACAGAAGGUUCAUGUCCGUGAGGCUUAGUAAGUUUUGUCCCAAAACUACCUCAUUAUCUAUCUGCCCAAUCCAAUAGCAACUCAAUGUUUGCUUUAUUCUACCACUUGCCAUAACUGGAAAAACUUGCCGCUGACCAGAUAUUUUGAAAUAGACCAGCAUUCCUGUUGACAGUGCCAUCUUUUAAAGAUUAUUUUGCACCUGGACAACGCUGACACACCCAAACUGCCCUGCACAGUUUGUGAUAUUUGCCCAUGGCAAAUGUCAUGGCAUAGAGGGACAUUUUGACCUAACUUUGAGGACAGGCGGCUGGAGGUUCUUUUCCAUGGGGUGGUGCACAGGAGUACCAUCCUCAAUCUCCAGGACUGCCAAAGGAGGCCAUGACAACAGGCCUUGCCAACCUGGUCCUUGGUUGCCACACAAAUCAGUGCAAUCCAGCCAUCCAGAGAAUGCCCAGCCCAGCCAUCCAGAGAAUGCCCAGCACUGCAUGAAGAAGGUCAUUGACCUCCUCGGAUCUACCAGGGUAAGCUGCUAUUGUCUCUCUACUACCUCUUUAUCACUCUGUCUCUUCUUCACCAAUUUCCCUUCAAGGCUCAACCCUUUUUUACUAUUGCAUGCAACAUCUCCUCUCACUCAUUGUCACCCACCUCAAACCCCACACCGCUAACCCUGCAUGCCUCUACUCUUACUCAUUCACUUGGGAUACAUCACCAUUUUCCCCUACCUGCACCAGCACAACACUAACAGUUGUGCCAGCCACUUUCAUCUCGCUCAAUUCCUCCUCUUCUCUCAUUACAGGAGAAAACAACCCACAUGAAGGCAGAAUGAACAUGUUCUGAUAUUCAGUUCCUCAUCCCUCACAAGGAAAGGAUCCUGACCACCCCAAGAGGCUGACUGACUGCAUCCAAGACAGGUAUUGGAGGUUGCCCUUACUGUGCCGGGGUCCUUGAUGGAAGGCUAUUUCCCUUAACUGAGAACAGCUGUCAACCAUGUUAAACUUCUUGAUUUUGUGUCUGCGCUGAAAGGCAAGGCAAGACUGAAGUACCAUGAACCUGACAGCUCUGAUUCAGACUGGAAAGUACAAAAAGGCAACGCAGGGAUACUAUAAGCAUCCAGGUUUUCAAGAUUGGCGAUAGCAGAAAUGGAUAACGGUGGUUAUAUCCAGUUUGAUGUGCCUGAGUAUAGCAACUGUGUCCUGAGCCAACUUAAUGAACUACGCUUACAAGGAAAGUUAUGUGACAUUAUAGUUCAUAUUCAGGGUCAGCCUUUCAGAGCCCACAAGGCUGUCCUUGCUGCCAGCUCCCCAUAUUUCCGUGAUCAUUCAGCACUGAGCACCAUGAGUGGUUUAUCAAUAUCAGUUAUUAAAAAUCCAGAUGUAUUUGAACAGUUACUUUCAUUUUGUUACACUGGAAGACUAUCGUUGCACUUGAAAGAUGUUGUUAGCUUUCUUACUGCUGCAAGCUUUCUUCAGAUGCAGUGCAUAAUUGACAAAUGUACUCAGAUCUUGGAGAGCAUUCACUCGAAAUUCAGUAUUGUGAGUAUUGACUCUGUAGUUGUCAGUACUGAUGAUAAUCAGGGAAAUCGCAAUGGGGUUAGGGACAGCAAUAGCCGCUUCUUAAAUCCAGUUGAAAUUUCUCCUCCAUAUUAUGGUCAAGUACGGCAGACAACAAUUGCUAAUGAGCCACGUAUGGAGGCCACACCAAACCGAAGUUUUCAGAAUCGGACUAUGGAGGAGAGGCACUCUGAUCCUGGAAGCAGCGGUAGUAUUUCUGAGCACGAAAUCCAAAUUGAAGGUGAUCAUGAACAAGCAGAGUUAAUAGUGAGGGAGACUAAUCCAAUCGGCGCUCAGAUUACAGAGGUCAAAGUCAAAAUGGAAAAAUCCGAUCGGCCAAGUUGUUCAGAUAGUUCGUCAGUGGGUGAUGAUGGAUAUCAUACAGAAAUGGUAGAUGGCGAUCAUGUGGACAGAAUGGUGGCGGUGAAUGUCAGCUCGUAUGGACCAGUACUGCAGCAGGCUUUCUCACUAUCUCAACCCGCAUCACAGUCAGCUGGCUUAUCGACAACCUAUGGUUGCAUCACAAAUUCAAGUCCCUCUAGAUCUAUGCUUAGUAAUUUUAGAGGCCGAGGCCGACUUAAACGAAAUAUACAGAUACAGAAUGAAGGACAAAAUGUGAUUAGUCAGUCCUCUGAUGGCGAUAGUGGGCCGAACAGGCAAGGUUUUGAGAGUAAUCCCCAUGACCAUGAUGCAAGGGAACACUGGUUUCCAUAUAAUCAAAGAUUAAUCUGUAUCUACUGUGGAAAAUCCUUCAACCAGAAAGGGAGCCUUGACCGACACAUGCGCCUCCACAUGGGAAUAACUCCUUUUGUCUGCCGUUUUUGUGGGAAAAAAUACACACGGAAAGACCAACUUGAAUACCACAUUCGCGGGCACACGGAUGAUAAACCAUACCGCUGUGAGAUCUGUGGGAAAUGUUUCCCUUUCCAAGGCACUCUGAACCAACAUUUGAGGAAAAACCAUCCUGGCGCUGCUGAAAUUAAAGGACGAGUCGAGUCACCUGACCGAACAGACACACAUAUAGAACAAAAAGAAGGUGAUGAACCUUCUCCCUCAGAAGAAACCAACAUGGAGACUGCAGUGCAGGAUGUUCUUCCUUUGUCACAUAUUUCUGAAUGAGUAGCUUAGGCAUAACAAAGCCAGAAGCGUGCACAGCUAGAAAUAAUGCUACAAUAUUCGUAUUUUGGGGUUUUUUUUGUAGCACAAGUAUUCAGCAUUUAUAUAAUGUUUCUGGUUAUGAAACUACUAUUUUUCCCCAAUCAAGUUCUAUUUUUUUCUUGUAUCGAUUUUUCCUGAAAAUUGAUAAUUUUGAGUACUUCAGAAAAGAUAGUAUUUGCCUGAUUAAAGGUACAGUGUAUAAUAUAAAUAUAAAAAAUAAAAUAAAUUACCAUGUUCAGGAGAAGAAUCAGGAUAAUUAGUUAUGGUAACAGGAAGAAAUGUGCGUGAGAUAAUACAAUGAAGCACCAUUAUAGUAACUAAAAGUCCAUGUGACCAGCCAAAGCAUCCAUAAUACUUCACACAGCAGUGAGAAAUGCUAUUUAGUCCAGUGUUCCAUUUCACAAAAUGAUUUUAUCAAUGAAGGUUAAAGACAAUGUAGUGGCCUAAGGUUUGAAUUGAACUCUUCAAUGGGCCAGCAUUGGAAGCCUGGCAGAUAUCAGACUUUGCAAUUGUGAUGAGUUUGAUAUUUAUUUUUAAUCAAUAACUUGGUGAAAUAUUAAUUGACUGAGGAUUCCAGUUUGUGCUGGCACACAUUAUGAGCACCCUCUACUGUUCAGUCCAUAUGUAACAUUCUUCUAAGAAUAUUCCAAAACUCAUUCUCAGGUCAGAUUUCAUCCUGGAUCUGUAGCUGUGAUAACAUGGAUACCAAGCAAGACUUUGUUAUACAAUUGGCUUGAUUCAGCCUGCACUAUUAAAUUGUACACCAUUCAUCCAGUCUCUCUUUGAUCAGUGUUACAGUUAUACUGCUGUGUGGAAUAGUUUGAAUGCUUAAUGGUCAUAUUUACUAGUUUCAUCGAUAAACUAUAUUUUAAUUCAUUUAAUUCAUUCUUGCAAAAGACCUCUACACACAUUUUUUGACUGAUAUUAAAGCCCUUCAGGCUUUAGUUUAUAAUCAAAUGUAUCCGUGUCAAUAUAUUCAAAUGAAUGCAAUCUUAAAUGUACUUUAGGAUUGGACUUUUAGCAUACGCCCAUCUCUGAUCAGGCAUGUACCCAGCAUCUUCAGGGCAAUGGCAUUUGUCAAGUGGACAGCAAUUAUUUUCACUCAUGGUAGGCCUGGUGAAGGGGCAGGAUUGCCUCUUCUCCAGUGGUGUCUUCUGUGUUUUAGAGAGUUAUUCUGUUAUUCUUUUGAUCUUAAAAACUUGGUUAUUGAGGAAUGCUUCUUUUAUCUUCACAUUUAGGGAAUUACAAUUUAUACCGAAGAGGUCGGAUUUAAUUAACUAUAUGUUUACUUUGCCGAGCCACAUUUUAUUCAUUGAGGUCAUUUGCUUAUUCUGUUGGUAGGUGCACUUCCAGGUUUUUAAUACUAAAUUCAACAACACACAACUUUUGUCAGUUUAGAAGUUUUGUAGGGAGAGAAAUCAAGGCAAUAUUUAAAAUAAAAGAUAGAUGUAGGCAUUGUAUUUGCCAUUCAACAACAGUUUUAUUUAUGCGCAUUAUAAUUCUUAGCAGAAGACUGUUAAAUGUUCUACUAUAGAAAGGUAUUCAAACAAUUCAAGUACUUCUGUGAUCAAAGUCUUUCAGUCUCAACCAAUAUUUAUGAGUCCCUCUUCUCUGCAUGUCCUUGUUAAAAGGCUAACUCAUUUAAAGGAUUGCUGAUGGGAACAUAAUAUAGCAUUGACAAUUCAUUAAAUUAUGAAAUUAAUAUUUCAAAUUACCAUGCUGUAUCUUGUGCUAGUAGUGUUCUCGGUCCAGCACUUAAAUAUAAUUGUGUCUGCAAAAAUGCUCGUACUAAGUUUAAUUUAAAAAAUCUUAGUCUUUUGAUCAUUGGAAAACUUCUUUUCAUUUUGCAUUGGGUUUGAAACACUUGGAUUCAGCUACUUCUGACCCUUUAAGAAGGUUGACUGUCAGUUCGUAUGACAUCAGUAGGGAAGUUUCUAGGUUUUUAAGUUAAAUUCAGUUCCAAGUCAGAGCUGAAUUUUGGAUCAAAGAUUAAUCAAACUAAUAUUAAAAGUAAGUAAAUAUGUGACUUGCAGAUACUUUAUAAACAGUUGCAAUUCACACAAGAUCAUUGUAGAACAUCUUUAUUAGAAAAAGAUAACCCUUCUCACCCUGCAAAUGUCCCUUCCGCACACUCCUCCUGAAUAGUGUUUUGAAUACAUUUAUUGUAUACGGUAUGCUAAAUGAACUAGUCUAGAAUUAUUUGUUUAAGGGUAUAAUUGCAUAUAUUCCCAAUCUGGCCUAUAAAUGAAUACCUUGAGGCUUCUGAUGUAUGAUUUUAGAGGGAAAAAAAUUGCUAAACUUGUACCUUUUUGAAAAGAGUCGGUACUAAUUGGAACACUUUUAUAAAAGAUUUAUUUGAGAAAGUUGUUUUACUUUAAUCAUGAAAAAGCUUUCUGCAAGGAUGUGUAUACUCAAUAAGUCCUGGAAAAAAUUACCUGGUCCUGUAUUCAUUCUAGAUUUUUGGGUCUGUUCGCACUUGGAUCUCUGAUUUUAAAAGAAGACCUAUGAGUUCAUCUAAUCAUUCAUUACAAUCCUGUCAAUCAAAUAAUGCAUUAUUUACAUCCUUUUUAAUCUGCAAGAAUACUGAAUAAAUUGAGGAACACAUGCUACAUCUAUUAACCAUGCUGAGCUAAUAAAUUGUAUCAGCAGAUACAAAAGUUAAAAAUGAAUGGAGGAACUGUAGAUUUUCUCCAUCUUCAAAUAGGAAAGUUGUUGGUGUGUAUUACUCUGUAGUCCAUAUUACUUUAUACGAGCCAGGUAAUAGAAUCAUCUAGGAAUCAUAUCCACUCUCAGACCAUAAUAUACAUGCUGUGAUGUUCUAGUUUAAGAAAAAGUAAGUAGUACUACUAAACUUAAACAGUUUACUUAUUACCUGGUUAUAGUCCAAUCCCUUUUUGGUAUUCAAAUGGAAGUUGUAUAUUGGAAAUGUAUGUACUCAACUGUGGUCUUUUUGAUUACCAUCAAUCCUGGAUCAGUGGACACUUAACAUACAGAUUUUCAGGUUAUUAAAGUUUGAAGAGGAUACAAACUCCAAAAGGGUUGAGGUUAUGUAUAGCCUCACCUACCUUCCUUGGGGUAUUUGCCCUCAAAUGGUGCUGUUAGAUCAGGUUAGAAUUAUUUAUUGAACCAGCAUUAACAAUUUUAUAUAUAAAUAAUAUUUGGGUGUGUACUGUUUCAAAUUUUUGUUUAUAUAAAUUCUUUAUAUGAACCCUGUAAUAUAAUCAAUCUGGAAUUCUAGUCAACUCCAAAGUAUUGAUGGGAUGAUUGAAGUUGAUGUUUUCUAGAAUGCAUGUAAUCUUUAAGGAAACCUAUAGAGUUUUAAUCUGUUCUAAAAUCCAGCUAAUCCAUUAUAAUUUAAUAGAACAUACUGAUUUAACACUUUGGAUGAAUCAAGAGCUAAACUGGUGAUGUCAUUUUGUCUCUUAGUUUAUUCCUGGAAUUUUAUUUUCUGAAGAAGCUCGCAAUUGUCAUGACAAUUUCUAAAACAGAACUAACUGUAUUAAUCAUGAUAAAGCACAAAUUUGACUUAUUAAAAUUUUUGUUCUGUCUAGUAUAUUUUGUGCAUGGCUAAAAUUUUAUGAGCCUAACCUGAUCUGCCAUUUUGAAUUUCUCAGACUCUGAGCUACAAUGCCAAAUGGGCACCCUAUUGCACUUUGCCUGAACUCAGACAGAAUUGCUUGUUGGACUCAGCAAUGAUGAAUUCCCAACCAUCCCCUCAUUCAUGCUCAAAGGAAAUCAUAAUAAGAUGACAUUUGAAAUGUUCAUUGUUAACCUGUUUUGCAUUAAAUAAAAAUGUGUAUAAUACUGUCAAUGAAGUCAGAAACAAGCAGGAACAUAUUUCAUACUCAUUGCAUUACUUGGGUAAAUUUCAGAUCUGAGUUCAGAGACACAGGUACCAAUUACAUAGAAUAGUGCAACAUACAAAUCUGGAUUGGUGGGCAGGAAGGUAGUUAAAUUAGCUGCCAUUAAGCAUUUAAGAGGUGCUGUAUGUAUAUAAUAUAAAAAAGACUUUUAACAGAGCCUAUAUUGGACAUCUACCUAACACUUUCUUAAACACCCUGACUCAGACAAUAUUAGUGCAAUAAACACACAUUCACAAUAGACACAGUUUUAAAUAAGCUAUUUUCAAAUGAUAUAGUGCAUUUUUUUAAUUUUGAUAUUUACUGUGUAUAAUCUGUUUAGGACCAUUGUGUCAGAAGCAACCAAAAAUGUAUUCCACUGUUUUAUUAAGCAGUAUAUCUCAAUAAGCUUUUUUUGAUUGUUCCAUGAAGCAAUUGCAGAAGUUAGAACAGAGCUUUUUGAGAAAGAGUAACAGAGCUAUAUAUAAGGGAAAUGAUUUGACAUCAUCAGAGCAGAUUUUGUUUUGCAAGUUAAUUUUCUAAGUUCUGUGGAUGUGAUCUCAAAGAGCUACAAAAUGGCUGCUAGAUUGUCAGUAUCUAGAGAGGACAUUAAUGUGCUGUUCACUUAUUAAAACUCUGGAGAUUUUCUUUAGCAGGCCAUAAUCCAUGAGUGAGUGAAAUAAUGAAGCUAUGUAAAGCUGAUGCUCUGACAGUUGAUAACUAGCCAUUAUGGAUGUAUUUUCUAGCAUGAAUGCAAUCAAUAUUUAUUCAAAAGUAUAUGUUUUCUCUUAUCCUAUUAGCUGUGUCUGUGAUCAAUUAAUAUUUCAGUGCUGCUUAAUUAUUGUUUUGAUAAUCCUUUUUUCUGUGUUUCCAUUUUGUUGCUUGUAAACAGCUUUUGUAUUGUUUGAAGAGUACUAAAUGGAAAGUUUCUGUUUUUGUAAAUAAACCUUUUGCUGUUAUAGAACCCCAA